CGACGCACAUAUACAGGUCGAGUUCGACACUGAAGACGAAUUGGAAGGCAAUUGUGAUCGACUGCUCAACCUACCAGAAAAGUGAGUUCCACUUUCUCUAUAAAAAAUCGUCAACCAAAACGUUUGAGACUCGCUUGGUCGCUGACACACUCGCUCAAGGUAGGCCUGCAAACAAGGACACGUCGGUGAGACUCUGUUCGUGAGACAAGCCACCGUGAUGGGAAUCCAGUGUGGGUCCGACAGUGGUAACGCAGGCUGGUAUGCCGUGCUCUGUGUCCACGUCAACUGGCUGCUAUGGACAGGACUCCUCAAAGGUCUAGGAGUACUGCUGCCGACUUUUCAAGAGCAGUUCACAACAGACGCGUGGAUGAUUGGUGGAUUGAUAGCGUCCAUUACCGCCGUUGGCAGUUUUGCAGGUCCGUUCUCAAAGCCGUUGGUAGUGUUAUUUGGUACCCGCAUCGUGGUCACAGUCUGCGGAUUCCUCCUGGGGGCGUCUGUCAUCGUCUCGUCCUUCUCGAGCAACGCUAUCCAGAUGACACUUGUCUUAUCCUUGAUCACUGGGCCUGGUUUGAUGAUCACGAACAUUUUAUCGAGAGCCAUGACGGGUCGUUAUUUCACCACGAACUAUGCGACAGUGAAUGGCAUUGCGACUGCUGGUGACUCAGUAGGCUUGAUUUCCAUUGCUCCGUUGACUCAAGUGCUUUUAGACACCUACGGCUGGCGAGGUACCUUGCUACUGCUUGGGGCUAUCAGCACGCAUCUUGGUGUAUGUGGCCUCCUGCUAAGACCACCACCACCAUCUGGACAGGUGCGAGGAGACUAUCUACCAAUCAUUACAAGUGAAGAGGAGCCAUCGGCAGACGAACCAAGAAGCCCUAGUGUUCAGAAUAAAUCCCGACUCCGUAUCCUGAAGGACGCCAUUAAGGUGCAGAAGGAUCUUUUCGGCUGCGCGGUUUGCAGCCGCGCCGCAUUUUGGAUAGCGACGCUUUUCUACAGCAACCAUAUUUUUGUGGACAGCCUUUGGCUGAUAUACUUCGUCUCUUACGCUGAGUCCAAAGGUUUCUCCGGGUACGAGGCCGUGACGUUCGCCACGGCUGCGGGGAUAGGGAACCUGGUUUUUAAAAUUCUUCUUGGGCUGAUGGUGGACCGAGGCUGGCUGAGGCUGCGAUUUGCUUUAUUGCUUUCAGUCAUAAUUUGCGGCGUAGCUUUAUUCACACUUCCCUGGGUAAACUCCUACUGGUUAAUGAUUGUCAACGCCACCAUCUUCAACGGCCUCAUUGGUGCACAAGCCUCACUUAGUGACAUUUACACCCGGGAACUGCUGGGAGCUGAAGAACUGGUAUCCGCUUUCAGCUGGAUGGAUCUUCUGACGGCCAUCAUUCAAAUCGCUCUUGGAUUCUUCCCUGGUUGGAUAUUCGACCAGACUGGAAGUUACGACGAGGCUUUUGUCAUCUUGGGAGUCAUCUCGUUACUACCAUUACUGUCGCUGCUCGUGGAAAAUGCCAUCAACUGACGGAAGGAUUUAUGAUAAAUGUGAAUAACCAGUUCACCUUGAACAUGAGUACAGGCUUUACGAUUUGCAAUUCUAAAUGCUUGAAUCCCAUUAGGGCAAGUAAAUAUUCGGUUGUUGCGUUGCUGUACCUUCCGCCAUUAAUAUCAGAGGAACCGUUGUGCAAUGAAGUGGGAUUUGGCACAAAUCCCCCAAGUCAUGAUAAAUGUGAAUAACCAGUUCACCUUGAACAUGAGUACAGGCUUUACGAUUUGCAAUUCUAAAUGCUUGAAUCCCAUUAGGGCAAGUAAAUAUUCGGUUGUUGCGUUGCUGUACCUUCCGCCAUUAAUAUCAGAGGAACCGUUGUGCAAUGAAAUGGGAUUUGGCACAAAUCCCCCAAGUCAUUUAAAAUUUAAGGAUCAGUCACAUUGCUUUGACUUAAAUUGGUUAUUUAACAGGAACUUGGUCAUCGUUAACCAUAUCAUGACUAACGUGGCAGCUUCUCUUCAUAUUUAUAUUUACAAAAGCG